AUGGGUAAUGCAGAUAGUAAUGCAAGUAUUAAGGCCAUGCAUACAAAUUAUAUUGUUGUUAGAAAUAUAAAAGAUGAUACUCGUUAUGGAGAAGGAAGGAUUGUAAAAUAGAAGCAAACUAAAUAAGAAGUAUUUUAGAAGGAAAUCAAUUUAACAGAUGAAGAAAAAUAUUCAGCAUUAAAAAUAAUGCUUGAAAAAAAGGAAAGCAAUUCAUAUGAUAAUUUGAUCAAUAUAACUAGUAUUUAAAUUAGCAAUAUAAUUAAUAGAGUUGUUUUAUCACGAAGAAAAUCAAUUUUGUGGUUAAUUUUUUAAGAUCUUCAUUUUAAUGGAAUAUAUACCAACAACUUUGUUUGAUAUCUUAGAAUAAAGAUUAGCUAAGAAAUUAGAAUUUCAAGAAUCAGAACUAUGGACUAUUCUAAUAGGAUGUAUAGAAGGAUGUUGUAUACUGGAAUCUUAGAAAAUCACUCAUCAAGGAUUAAGAUUAGAUUCAAUCUCUUAUAUAGAUUAAUUUCCAUAUGUCAAGAUUCUAGAUCCAAUUUUAAGUGGAGUUCCUACUACUUAUCAAUAAUUAUUAUAAGAUGAUACUAAAUAAAUCAAUUUGAAUUAUUUAAGUCCUAAACUCAUGUAAUCACUUAAUGAUGAUAUGUAACCAUAACAUAAUCCAUACAAAAGUGAUGUAUAUUCUUUAGGAAUGAUGAUGUUGCAUUUAACAAGUUAACAUAAUUGUGAAGAUUGUUAUGAUAUGUAAAAGAUGAGAGUAAAUCAUUAAUAAGUUUAAAGGAGAUUAUUAAAUUUAGAAUAAAAAUUCUCAUCUUAAUAUAUUCAAGUCUUGAGAACUAUGUUAUUACUUAAUGAAGAUUAAAGACCAGAUUUUCUUUAAUUAAGAUCUGAAAUGUAAUCUAUGUCACCUCCAGCUUCUCCUAAAGCUUAUAUAGAAGAACAAGAAGAAGAAGUCAUCCAAACCAAAAAGAGUCCAAUUAUUUAAGUUGAAGCAUAUGAAUAAGCUGUAGAGAGCUUUGCUAUACCUUAAUAAUAAUAUCAAUUAUAAACUUCAUAACAACCAUAAAUAUUUGUUAAUCCUGAAUAAAGUGCUAAAUUUAUAUAAUAAUAAUAAAGUUCAGUACAUAAUUCUUAAGUUCAAGCAUAACGAUCAAUUUAAUUAAGACAAUCUUAGCAAUCCAUCUAAUCCAAUUAAUCAAUGUAUAUAUAAAGAAAUGGUCUUAAAGACUUGAGACCUGAUAUAUGUGAUCAUUUAAAAAUUGUAGUAUUAUCAUUUAAUUUAGUUACCUUUAUCAGAAUAACCUGCAGAAUAAUCAUAAAUUGAUACCAAUAUAGGUAACCAAAUAGGAGCUGAAGAAUUAUUGAAUCGUUCUAAUUUAGAAUAAUAAGAUACUUUAAUGCCAAUCACAUCAUUCUCUAAUUCCUAAUAAUAUUAGUAAUUUUUACAAUCUAAAUCUAAUAUGCCAGUUUCAUAUGAAUCUUACAAAAUGGAAUCCACUUAUAAAAAUUAAUAAAAUGUUGAUCCUGUUUCUAAAUAUGAUUAUCUUUAUGAUAAACAAAUGAGCAAUCAAUAAAAAUUUUCAAAUUAUCAAAGUGAUUUGAAAAGAACUUUAGAAUCUAAUAGGGUUUAAACUGUUUCAGAAUCUUAUCCUAAUGGAUCAAGAUAUGAAGGCCAAAAAUUGAAUGGAAUGAGACACGGUCAAGGGACAUUUUUCUAUUAAGAUAAUGGUGGAGUUUAUGAAGGUUAAUGGUUUGAAAAUAAAAUGCAUGGUUAAGGUUAUAAAUUCAAAGUAACAUCUAUUAGGUACUUUAUUUUAUGCCUCUGGUAAACCAGCAUAUGAAGGAGAGUGGUUGAAUGAUAAAUUUUAAGGUAAUGGCACUUUGUACAAUGAAGAACCUUAAGUACUCUAUGGAGAUUUUGAUUUUGGAGAUUUUGAUACAAUUGGAGAGUAUUUAUAUAUUAAUAUAAGUUAUUGGACAAGAUAUGUUGGUUAAUUCAAUUAAGAUAAUAAAGAGGGUCAAGGCACCUUAUAUAUAUCAAAUGGUGAUCGAUUUGAAGGCAACUUUCUAUAAGAUUUAAUAAAUGGUCCUGGAAGAUAUAUCAAAAAGAAUGGUUAGAUAAUUUAAGCAAAAUGGUGGAGAAAUAAACUAUAAUAGUGAUUUUGAUUAAAAUUAUAGAAUAUUGUUUUUCAAAAUUAAAUUUCAAAUUUAUGAGUUACCCUUAUGGAUUUUGCUCUCCACAACGUCCCAUGCACCCUUAAGUAUAUUAUCCUAAUCCCAUUCCACAAUAAAGAUAAGCCCAAUAUUCUCUUCCACCCUCUGUAAUUUUUUCAAAUAUCAUUAAUCUAGGUUUACCGCCCAUCUAUUGGAAUGAGACCUCCUUAAUAACCUUAUUAUCCCUAAUAUUAAAUUCAAAAUCCAACUCCACCUAUUAAUUAUGGUCAAAGUCCAGUUAAACCAUAAUCAGCUUUACAAUAAUCUUAUCCAGUCCAUUAACAAAAUCAAAGAAUCCCAAAUUAUCCACCUUAAGUUUAUAAAUAAUAAUAACAGAUUGCUGUAAGACCACCAGUAGGAUAAUAGUAAAUUGCUCCCUAAUAAAGAGGAACAGCUCAAUAUCCUUAUUAGCCAUAAUAAUAAUAAUUAUCAAAACAAUAACCAUUGUUAUCACCAUAGUAGUAGCCAUAGUUGUUUCCAUAGUAGUAGACAUAGUUAUUACCAUAGUAAUAAACUCAAAAUAAAGUUGUCUAACCUCCUAAAUAAUCUUCAUAAUAAUAUUUACAAAGUUAAUCAAAACCAUAAGCACAUCCUUCUUAACAUAGACCUGAGUAAUAAAAUUAAUAAAUUCCUUAACAAUAAAAACAAUAAGUUAAUAAACCUCCUCCUUAAUAAUUUAAAUAACCAUAGUAAUCAUAAAAGGAUGAUGAUUUAGAAAAGAAAUUUUAGGAUGCUAUAGAUAGAACAAGAGAUCUUGUUUAAAAAUAUUAAAAUCCAUAAACAAAAUAACCUUAAUAACCAUAAUAAACACAAUAAUAAUAGAAUCCAUAAACAAAAUAAGAGUAGAAUUCUAAUCAACCAUAAGUUGAUGAUAAUUAGUUAUAAGAUUUAGCUCUUUAAUAUGAAGAUGGUUAUAUUUAUAGAGGUUAAGGUUAUGAACCAGCUACUAGAGAAGGUUAUGGUAUUUUGACAGAUUAGGAAGAUAAUACAGUUUAUGAUGGUUAAUGGAAGGAUAAUUAAUAUCAUGGUUAAGGCAAAUUGAUUAAUGUUUAAGCAGAAUAGAUUGAAGGUCCUUUUGAUUAUUAAGAUUUAAGUGUUAUUGAAAAUGGAUGGCUUGGUUAUGAGGGUAUGUUAAUUAUUAUUAAAUUAAAGGUGAUUUUUUUGAAGGAAAAAUGAAUGGUUUUGGUAGAUUAUAACUUACAAAUGGUGAAAUGUUUGAAGGUCAAUUUUAAGAUGGUAUGAUUGAUGGUGAAGGUAUUUUUACUGCUGCAAAUGGUUAAACUAUAAAAGGAUUAUGGAGAGAAGGUGUAUUAACUUAAGUUUUUGCAUGAU